GCGGGAGAACAUGCCUCAUAAGUUCUUUGCUUUCGUCAGUUUGUGAAACCUUCCCGGAAGGCGGUCGGGCAGUCCUGGCAUGUGAAAUCGAGAGCUGGAAAGGGAUGAACACUUCAAACGCCGAGGACACACCGCCCGGCAGGCCCCGUCCGCGACCUCGUCCGUUCUGGAUGGACACCCGUGUAUACUUUCCAAAUUACCCACCACCCCGCCUUUCUUCCCCUCACUUUCGUGCCUGCUUCUGUGCAAUGUAACUGUUUUCCCCUGCCUCUCUGCAGUCGCCUUCGUCUCAUGGGAGCGCGCGCCGCCUGCCCGAGCCACGUGGAACGCUCUUUUUCCUCUUCCGUGAAUUGCGUCCGUCAGUCCUCAGCUGUUUUUCUCGGCCCCCUCUCCAUUUUUGUCCCGUCCUCUGUGCCACCUCUCGAGAGGAUUGUCUGCCUGGGUCGUUUCUCUGGGAACUCCAGGUCUACAUACACUCGAGGGCGCCACUCUCCCGCACACCUGCGCUCACCCUUUUCGUGUGGUUUCCACUUCUGUUGGCCGUCGCCGCUUCGGGAGUGCAGCCGAUCGGAAGGUUCCGUUUUGAGUUUUCAGUUUCGCGAAAUAACGCCGGUGGUUCUCACAGGGCUGUUACCACCUCGGUCCGGCUCGUCGCUGCACCUUUUCCUGCUCUUUGUUCGUCUCCUGUUUUGCCAGUCUGCUCGUUUGCUGUGCCCUCGCGCCCACCAUGAGAGCGGAUGCCGCCGAGUUCUAUCCGGCGUCUCACCCCGGUCGCCAGUCUCCCGCCUCGGCGUCUCUGCCCGGCGCUUCUUCCUCGCAGCCAGCCGCUGCUCCGGCCUCGCAGCUGGCCGCCGCCCCGCCGCCUCCCUCUUCGUCAGCCUCUGCGUCCUCUGCCCCUCCGUGCUCGAGAUCGCGCCCAGCUCGUUCCGUGCCUUGUAAUCGUAGCAGCGAGAAAGGCUCGGAAGGCGUAAGCCGGCCCAGCCGCGGAGUGUCUGCGCAGGUUGACGGCAGGAGUCAGGCGAUUCCUGCCCACCGUUUGUUCUCGUACAAAAUGUAUCAGAAGCCCUCUGGCAACCCCUGUGCGGCUCGAGGAGGCGGAGACGCUUCCAAGGGCAACUGGAGAUCGAGCAUGGGGCUCGCCCAGCAGCAGGUCUUUGCGAAGGAACGCUUCGUUCUGGCCAACUGCCGAGUUUUCGUCUCUUCCGAAGAAGACGCGAAGGAAACCUUCUACAAUCCAGACGCCCUUGUGGACUGGAGUAGCGUGGUGCGCGUGGAAAUGUCCAGCAGCGCCGAAGACCCGAUCACGUGCCCUUUCUGCCUCGAGCAACCUGAGGCGAUGCUCGCGCCCGCCGUCACAAAGUGUGGCCACAUCUUCUGUACGCCCUGCAUUCUGCGCUACUUCGACGUCCUCUCCGAGCAGCAGGGGGGGAAACAUUCCCAGCAACCUGGAGGCCGCUACUGGCAACGCUGUCCUCUCUGCUUCGAGCCUGUCGCUCGCAAAGAUUUGCGCCCGGCCCGCGUCUACCAAGUGGUGCCUCCCCGCGUGGGCGCGCGCGCAACGUUUUGUCUUCUGUCGCGACCGUUGGGCUCGACAGUCGUCUCGCUCGCCUCACCUGUAACGCAUGCAGUGCAUGCAGUACAGCAGGGAGAUGCUUGGAUGGCUUCGCAGCUGCGCCUCACAGGCGAGAAGCAAAGGGCACCACCCCGCGGGCGGAAGGCCGCUGACAGUGCUCCGGAAGGUGGAAACGGAGAGCCUCAAGAAGGAUAUGCAGAAACCGUCGAUGUGGCAUCCAUCUCUUCUUUCUCUCCAUCUUCCUCGCCGUUUCCUUCUUCUCUCUCGGCUCGUGGUCUGGGGGCCGCGACGGCUUCCUGUGGGGAAUGUGCAGAGAUGAAGACGCCCGGAAGCGCGGCAGACGAAGGUCACUUGCAUGCAGGACGCAUCCAGAGUUUUCUUCCGCAUGAGUGUCCAGCGUGCAAAGCAGAAGAGGCCGCCCGACAGGCUUCAGCGAGAUCGCGCCAGGACUCAGGCUCUGCAGGCGCGUGCGUUCCUGCUGUCAGUAAAGACGUUGAAAGGACUGUCGCUCCUCCCUGUCUCGCCGCCUCGCGACUCUGCGUUCCUUGUCUUCUCGCAUCCGAGAGAGUUUUGACGGCAGAGAAGACACGAGGCAACAGACGCGGCAGGCUGUCGACUGCCGCGCCCCACUGUGGGGUGCAGGCGGGAACUGUCUCUCCGCCGGAGCCAGUCGGCACAUCCCCGGAGCCACUUGAGGGUCCGCCCUCUGGAGCCUCAAGGCAGUCGCAAUCUCGGGAGAGCGAGAAAACGGAAGCCGAAAAAGAGACGACGCGUCUCGAGAAGAAAACAAGGAACGGCCUCCUUCCUUGCGAAAGAACUCUCGGUGUCCAUUUUGCGCGCGUCGCGUUGACGCAUGCGCCUGCCCUGCCUUGGGACUGUCACCUCGAACAGCUCGGUGCUGCGCGACGACAGGAACUGGAGAACAACGGAGUGCCGGUGGAUGCUUCGACUCUUCGGGCACUGGAAAUGGCCGAGGACUUCACGCGGGCGAAGAAAGACGAAGCGGCGCGUGGAGCUUGUUGCUCGUGUUCUGCUCGUCUCCAGCCGCCAACCGUGAAGGAAGAGGAGCAAGAAGAAGUGACAGCUCUCCAUCUCAGGAAUCGAGAAGCGAGAGACUGGUACUCCCGUGGAAUCCUAGACUUUGAAGAGAUGAUGAACGACGUGCAGCAUUUCCUCGCCCGUGACCGUCGGCGGACGGCUAAGCAAGAGAAAGGAAAUCCGCGGAACUCCUCGCAGUCGGACUCUUCUUCGGGAGGCGUGGACGCGGGAGCUAGCGGGACGCGAGCAGCGGCAGACGGGAGACGCAGUCUCUCUCCCUCUCCCGCUCCUCUCUCCGAGUCGUCGCCGCUUCUCGACUCCAACAACGCCACACACGAAUCUGCUGCGCGUACUUCCCCACAACCUCACAGCGACCUCUUUUCCUCCUCUGCCGCUGCCUCCUGCUGCUCAGUCCAAGCGGGAGAAGGGAAGCGGACCCGAGGUGGGGAGAAGUCGAGUGGAAGCGCGCCGCUCAACUUGUCUGAGUUUUACUUCUACCAGGCCGCAGAUGGCCAGCUCUGCUUCCUCCAUCCUUUCUUCAUCAAGUGCUUGUUGUUGGAGGCGGGAGGCGACGAGAAGCGCCUGCCGCCAGUCCUGCGCGACAUGCCGGUUCAAGAGGUGCAGCCUCUCUGCGUGGACGAGCAGCUGCGGAGACGCUUCAAGUGCCUCGCCCACCUUCCUCAGAUGGCGCAGGUCUCCUUAGUCGACGUCGAUCUGCGGUCUGUACUUUCGCCCGAGACGGCGCGCGUCUUCAAGGAAGAUUUUCGUCGACGAGCAGCGAAUCGCCGCGAGCGUCUUCGGCAAGAAGAGCGCGAGGCCGCAGCCACAGCUUCUUCUGUCGCUUCACUGGCGUCCUCACUUUCCUCUGCGCUUCCACGCAUGCGCCUGUGUCCUGCCGAGCCGCAACACCCGCCGACCGACUGCAGUCCGUCGACCUUUCCGUCGCUGCCAGGGCAGGGACCUUCGGGGGCGGUCGCUGCAGACUCGAGUUCGCCGGCAGCCUCCUUCGCGGCGGUGGUGAAGAGGCAGGAGGAACAGAGACGCGCGCGUGCAAACAGAGAGCAGUUUCCUUCUCUCGCAGGCUCGCUGCCCGCCACAGAGAGCGCUUCUCCAGAGAUCUCCGUCGCGCGCGGCGUCUGGCAGAAGCCGAGCGGCGAGGGGAGGAGCUUGCAUGCAAAGGCGACUGCGUCAGGCGAGAGACGCGCCAAUAAAAAGGAAGAGGAGGUGGCGGACGCGUACGCGCCACGGCCCGGGGGCUGCAGUCUGGGGGAAAUUCUGCUCGCGCAAUCGAAAGCGAAGAAGAAAAAGGAGAAAGCGAAACCCAAGGACAAAGUCCAGGGCGGGAACAUCCCCUGAGAGCACACCUGGAAGUUCGAAAGGAAAGGAGAGUGAGGGUGGUAAGGCAAAAGAGUGAGGUUGAGGAAGAAGAGAGCGAAUUUGACGAGGAAGAAGAGAGCGAAUUUGACGAGGAAGAAAAGGGCGAAUUUGACGAGGAAGAGGAGGAGUUUUGAGGUGGAGGAAUUGGGAGCUUGAUCGAAAAGACUUCGUAAUUUUGGGGGUGGGAGGGGGGAGAGGCUUAUUGGGCGAAGCAGCAUCCCAAUACUCACUCGUGUUUGAGGUUUCUCAUGUGUCUGCUCUAUUCUCAGAGGCUGGUAGCUGUUUUUGUGUGGGUGGAUGCAUGCGACCUUCUACGCCUGAGAUGACUUUUACAAAGUCUUUCUCCCCUUCUCGUUUCACUGUGGUAGUCUCCUUCCUAAUGUCCGUCUGUACGGAAUACACACGGAUCGGAUUCUUGUUGGCCAGAACUAUUCGGUGAAGGAGAAAUGUUUGUAAAGAUACAUACUCUUUACAUCAGGACAGUCACACCUUCCGUUCAUCCUGAGUUUCUGCCCGUCCGUGUGUUUGUGUUGUCGUUUUGCUUCCUGGAUUUGUGUCCACAUUUUUCUUUUUCCUUGCUCGUUUCUCCCUCGCUUCUCUGCUACCUCCGGAGCGUCUGGUGGCCUUCCUGCGCUGGGUCGUCUCUCUGCUCUGCGCGCGCCUCUCUGUUGCACGGCCCGCUUCUCUCCCGCGCGAAACCAACCACAAGUGUCUUUUCAGAGAAUGCAAAGAAACGAAAACGUCGCUGUUUCCCCGCGUUCUCUCGGCGGCACAGAGGACGCAGAAAUGCCGCUACAGAGACCUAGGAACGACUGAGAAAGCUACAGCGAAGGAGAGAGAACGAGAGGAGACGCGGAGAAACAGAAGAGACAGAGAAAGAUGACAGAUAGAGAGAAGCGAGGAAGAAGGAGAGAGAAAGAGCGGAUGAAGGAGAGAGAAGAGAGAACCGAAAACAAUGAAGGAUUCUCAAAGAAAGUGUUUCAGUUACCGCUUUGACAAGAAAACCGACAAGUCUGAGACACAACCUGAAGAAACAGCACCUCUCACGUGAGAGACAAAGUCUCAACGAAAAACCUGUGGGGAUGCAUCACAUCCUGACCGCAACACCCGAGCG